GGUUGGACUCAGUGCAGGAGACGUCUAGUGACGCCAUGCGAGCCGCAGUGCUGCUUUGGGCUUUGUGCAUCGGUGCGGCCGGCGCCGUGCCGCUUGAUGAUGACGAAAAGUACAGGUUGCCGAAAGACUUUCUUUUCGGAGCAGGAACCAGCGCGUACCAGACGGAGGGUGCCUGGGAUUCUGAAGGGAAAGGCAUAAGUAUUUUCGACUACGGUUACCACAACCCAAAAAUGGCGAAAAAUCUCAACGGCGACGUCGCAGCCGAUUUUUACGGGCACUACAAAGAGGACAUUGCAUUAGCAGCCAAGAUGGGACUGAACGUUUUUCGAUUUUCAAUGGCCUGGACACGGAUAUUUCCCACUCGAACAAAUGAGACCAAGAAUGAAAAGGGUAUAGAGCACUAUCACAACCUACUAGACGAGCUGAAGAAGUACAAUAUGGAGCCGAUGGUCACUCUCUUUCACUUUGACUACCCACAAACACUUGAGGACGACUUCGGCGGCUGGUUGGGUGCAGAGAUGCAAGACGAGUUUGCAGCGUACUCUGAUUUUCUAUUCCAAGAAUACGGGAGCAAGGUAAAACACUGGCUGACAAUUAACGAAGCUGCAUUUUACUGCACAGCACUUGGCAGUGGGUUGCUGUUUCCAAAAACAUUUACCACCCCAGCUAAACAAAAUGCGUGCUUAAAAAAUACGAUCAUCGCCCACGCCAAGGUACACAAGAUCUACGAAGAAAAUUACAAGCCACAAUAUAGGGGUGAGUUGAAUUUCACAAUAUGCCAGAAACAGCUGCCAAGACAAUAUCGACGUGGGUGGCGAAUGUUCGGUCACCUCGCACGUCAUCCGGUCUCGAGCAAACUUUCGUUAAUGCAUAUAAUUUUGGGACAUAAAAUGAUUGAUGGUGCAAUUUUCAUAAAAUUUAUUCUACACCCUUACACACUUCUGAAACUCAAACAGUGCCAAGAAGAACAGGUAAACACCUUGCAUUUAGGUACAUUCUGCUUUGAAGGGUUAAAAGGGGAAAGAAGGCUAAACGAUGUACCCCGAUAACGCGUAUUUAUAACUGGGAUGCCUCAAAACGGUGACACUUCCUGCAAAACAGUUCCCUGAUAACCCUCAAGAAUCUCAGUAUCAAAACUAAAAUAGGAAUCGGAACGUUCCUACCCCGAAUCCUUGCUGGUCAGUCUCCUCAGAUUUUCUCUUGUCACGCGUUUAAAUUUCACUACAACUACUGAGACACCUUUGUAAAAGCCCCUUACCUGCAAAUCUUUGGUAAGCAGCCCUGAUUUGCUGGUAAGCAGUAAAUCCGGGAUUUUCGUUUUCCACUUUCGAGCCACGAAUUAUUAUUGGAAGGUAAGAGGUUGCUUAUUUACAGCAAUAUAAAAACAAUUCAUAUCAUGCAAACCGGCAGAGAUAGAGCCUUCUUAAAAUUUUCACCCAGAGGGCCGUAAAAUUGCGUGUUUAGUCAAGAAAAAAAUACGCCCAAAAUUGUAGUUUUCAAAACCACCUCUUAUGGCAGGUUAGAAUAAAACGCAAGGUAAGGUUAUGAAAACGUUGAAGGAAAAAACUUAAAAAAUGUUUCCAGGAGUUUUCAUCCAAAAUGGCGCCUGGAAAAUACUAUUACAACCCAAGAAUCGAAAAUAAGCGACAUACGACCAACCCUAAUGUCAGAUCCACCAAUGAGAGCGCUUGCGGCCACCUAUCUACAUUACACCUUACUCUGGACUAGCCCAAUAUGUUUCGCAUGUCUCCCCCAAGCCUCACCGUGUAUCAAUAUUUCAUGAGACUCUCAUUGAAAAAAUGUCAACCAACGACAAAAAGGUGGGCCUCUACGUCACGCAGUAUCAUUUUUGAUACACGGAAAUUUGCAAGCGUGUCACAAUGCGAGUUAUUGAGAUAUCUUUGAUCUGUCUUCAGCGCUGCUUACUUUCGACCUUUACCCACAAAACUUGACCACCACCAUGAAAAUCCGACCCCCCUUACCUACAGCUGUAGGCGCUGCAGUUAGGACCUGCAUGGACCCCCUCGCAGGCAGGCCUGUUUUUGGCGCGCCACAGCAACCCACCCAAAGCACUCAUGGGGUCGUGAGUGGCAUGAAUAGAGUCGUCUGGACUUUAUCAAAUGUAUCCAUGUCAAAAAAGCGAUGUACCUCACAAGUAUGCGGCUCCAGACUGUUUUUUGGGAGGUGAAUCAAAUUUGAUACUCCGUGACGUAAAGGGUUAAUAACCACAAUUUUUUCCAUAUUUGCGUCGGAAACGACGACCUCGAGGGUCCAAACGGUGGAAGAUAGAGCAAAAUUGAGAAAAUAGAGAAAAUUGAAGUCAAAGUAUACGUUUUCUUUGGUGCAAGCACAUCAAAACCAACAGGGUAUUACGGGUAAGCUCGGCGCCGGAAAUGGGAGGCGAAGAUAGCGCUGGUCCGCUCUGAGCCUCAUGGUUUCUGUAUCCGCGCGUCUGCUGUCCAUUGCUCUGUCGCAUUUGUUGUCUACGUCAUCUUGCUUCAUAUUAUAGUACGAUUACGUGUUCUUAUGCAGGCGAAACUAUUGUUUUAUUCUAAAAAUCAAGAUUGAAAUCCAGACCCUCCAUCUAACCUAACGCCACCGUGACAGCAGACGGCCGGAUCUAGAAGCCGCGAGACUAAGAUUCGACAAGCGCUAUCCUCGCCUCUCGUUUCCGGCACUUCGCUUGUCCGGAAUACCCUAUUCAACCAGCUUGUGAUAUACAUUUCUAGAGGCCAAAAACUUAGUUCUUUGCAGCGAACAGUUAAAAGGAGCGCCAGCGCAGCGAUUUGUCACUAUGUGCCCCUCACUCUUAAAAAGAAGAAAAA